GUGACAACUACAGUUGUGUGUGGUGUAUUUUAUAACAGUCAGCGAUGUGGAGGCCAUCGAGGAUAUUAUCGGACUCUUAUCUAGUUUGUUUUUGUCGGACAUGAAGACUGGGUGCCCUUUUGGAUUUACUUUACGCUGUUAAAUUCUCAUGGAGGCGACGGGACGUUUAUUUUGAAAUGUGAAAAUCAAGCUACUUGCUUGCUGCGACCCCAUGAGUAAGAGGGCUGCUGAUGACUUUAAUUAGCAGACAGAGGCUACCUAAAGUGUGGGAUCUACAAACUCCAAGACAAAGAAAGAAGAGCCCAUGGCGGUCAUUAUCAAGGAACUAAGUUAACACUACCUCUUCAGUUCUGCAGCUCGAAUAAUGUCAAAUCUAAUUUAUAAAGUCAGUGGGCUAAUGUCCUGCCAAGAGCAUGUUUGCCUCAAACAUGUCAGCCCUCUUCAUACAUUUGGAAGACACAAUGAUGGAGAUUGUUUGCAAAGCUGUUGCACAGAAGCCUCCCAGUUUUUAAUCCUGUGGAUAUAAUGUAACACGGCCCUUCAGCAUGACUUAAUAAACAAGCUCUCCCCAACCCUCGAAUGUUCAGGGAUGGAUCUCAUGAACCUUACAACUGUCAUCGACAACGGGUUUUUGGAUGAGGCUCCGUCGAGCCGCAUCCUGACUGGCUGUUUCCUCUCGUUGCUCAUCCUUACCACCUUGCUGGGAAACAUUCUUGUUUGUGCCGCCGUCACCAAGUUUCGACAUCUACGAUCGAAGGUCACCAACUUUUUUGUGAUCUCGCUGGCCGUGUCAGACCUCUUGGUCGCCAUCUUGGUGAUGCCGUGGAAGGCAGUGACGGAGAUCGCCGGGUUCUGGCCAUUUGGCUCUUUUUGUGACACCUGGGUUGCAUUUGACAUCAUGUGCUCCACCGCGUCCAUUUUGAACCUUUGCGUGAUAAGCCUGGACCGCUACUGGGCCAUCUCCAACCCCUUCCGCUAUGAGAGGAAGAUGACACCCAGGAUGGCCUAUGUGAUGAUCAGUGUGGCCUGGACGCUAUCUGUGCUCAUUUCCUUCAUCCCGGUGCAGCUCAACUGGCACAAGGCCCAAACUAAAUCUUACGCCCCUGACACCGAGUCCUCCUCAGACUUCAAUGAUACAUCUUACCACAGCCCAGAGAACUGUGACUCCAGCCUGAACAGAACCUAUGCCAUAUCCACCUCCUUCAUAAGCUUUUACAUCCCCGUGGCCAUCAUGGUGGCCACCUACACCCAGAUAUACCGCAUUGCCCACAGACAAAUCAGGCGGAUCUCUGCCUUGGAGCGAGCGGCCGAAAGUGCCAAGAACAGACAUGACAGCAUGGGUGGAGACUCCAGCAUGUCAGAGUCCGAGAGCUCUUUCAAGAUGACGUUCAAGAGGGAGACCAAAGUGCUGAAGACUCUGUCUGUGAUCAUGGGGGUGUUUGUGUGCUGCUGGCUUCCGUUCUUUAUACUCAAUUGCAUGGUGCCCUUCUGUGAGCAGUCAAGCGGAGGGGAGGCUUUCCCCUGCAUCAGCCCCACCACGUUUGACGUGUUUGUGUGGUUCGGCUGGGCUAAUUCCUCCCUCAACCCCAUCAUCUAUGCCUUCAACGCAGAUUUCCGAAAGGCCUUCUCCAUCCUGCUGGGCUGCCAUAGACUGUAUCCAGGAGGCCACAACAUAGAGACGGUCAGUCUAAACAAGAAAUGACUCAUGACUCUCUCACAGCACUGACUCAUCCUUAAUGCUACGAGUCCUAGCGUUCCUGUGCAGGCCGGUCUGAUGGACUUCAAACGAGGACACUGCCCUUUGUGCUGACUCUGAGUGUGACUGAAGAACACAGCGACCCUACAUGUACCCGUGUCUGCAUUAUGCCAGUGGCCCGUCCAUGUGCCGACGGUCAGAGUGAGCUAGCCGUGCUCACCGUGGUCGCUGCACUAUCUUCAAGGGGGGAGACGCUCCUGAAAGGGGAUUUUGGGGGAUUGAGAUUAAGACUCUUCGCUGUUGUGCCAGGAAGCUGGGAGAGCCCACGCCCCCUGGGAAAGAUAAUCCAGUGACUGGGCAGCACACUCCCUAAUGCUGUCAGACACGGCUCUCUUCAAUACCAUCACACACGUACACAAACACAAACACUGUCAAAACAUGCUCCUCCAAAUUCAGUGUAAAUGCAGCACCCUGCCUGCACUCUACGACAAAUUACAUGACAGCACACGGAAAUACUGUUACUCAUUAAGUUAGCAUCCUGCACUCUGCAAGGAGUCCAGUGGAAAAAGCGUCAAACCAAAUGAGGUUCUAACUAGAUGAGCAUGUAGGUAGAGGGUGACAUGUGACUAAAGAUUACAGCAAGAAUGAAAGCAUCAGAGUUUACAUCCCACUCCAUCCAUUAAUGAUGAGGAGUUGACACUAUUGAUGGAAGUGUUUGAUUUUGAAACUGAUCUCAUUGCUGAUACUGCUUCACACUUUACAUCUUAUCCAAAUCUCUAUAUAACUUUAAACCAAAUGUACUCAACAGACACCUCAUAAAUUAUUUGUUUUACUGCUUGAGAGUGUUUUAUGGAUGUCCCAUAUUACUUUGUGUGCCCUGUAUUUUUCAUUAACAACGGUCCUCCUAAAGGUUUUGCUCGACUUGUGGUGUCCUUGACUUCUAUGCUUACUUAGCAGAUGAUAAAUAAUUGCUAUUAACUGAAUUAUGUUUGGAUAAAUCACUUUCAAUUAGCUCUUCAAAGUGAAUCAUUCAAGGACAUCUAGGUUAAUAAAAAAACAUGGGUGUUGUAUUUAUAGGUUUGGCCAUCAUUCCUAUCAGUUAUGAUGACAGUGUAGUCCCUAAAGUAUUUUCUGACAUAUUUGAACAUUGAUAUUAUCAUUAUACAGCAGCAGCCAGUCUAUCAGACCAGGCUUACA